AUGCACAUAGCUUGGCUGUUAUGUUCGCUGUUUCUGCUCACAGCAGUUACACCUCUUUCGAGGCAUCCGAAGCUGCUGCUUAUUUCAUUCGAUGGAUUUCGAUAUGAUUUGUUAAAGGAAGGACUGGUUCCGAACAUUUACAAAUGGGCAACAAUGUCCACGUGGUUCACUUCUGGAGUCAAAUCUCAAUAUGUAACAUACACAGCUCCGAACCACAUGAGCAUAGCUACUGGCAUGUACGAAGAAGAACAUGGAAUCGUUGGAAACUACUUUUUCGAUUCACAAACCAAGAAAAUGUUCGAUUACUUCAACUCAACAGGAAAAGAAGGAGCUGUGAACGCGUCUCAAGCUGAUUUCUGGUACAAUGCUGACCCAAUUUGGUUGACGAAUGAGCGAUGGGAGUCCUCCAGAAGAUCUGCUUCAUUCUAUUGGCCAAAUGGAGAAUCGUCAUUUCCUUAUCUUCCUCAUAAGCCGAAAGUGGCUAAACCUUGGACUAUUGUUGGAGAUCUCAAAUCGUGGAUGCAAGAUGCUGACGAUGUGAUUGAUGCCUUCACACGUGAGAAGGAACCAGUCAACUUCCUCGCUUGGUAUGUUGCAGAGCCAGAUCACACACUUCAUGGGAAUGGAUUCCAUAAUAAAGAAAUUGAGAAAACAUUGAAGCAAUUAGACGAUUUGUUCCUGUACUUCAUCGAGAAGUUUGACGAUAAUAACCUAGGAUCCGAUGUAAAUAUUAUUCUGACGGCGGAUCAUGGUCAUGCUGAAAUCCAAGACCAUAAGCAUGUGAUGUGUGUCAAGAACUUCGUGAGCGGUGCUGGAUUCGAAAUGGGCGACCAUAUGAUCUAUCCACACUCCGAGGAAAUCGGCAAACAGAUCUAUGCAAAUUUGACAGAAGCUGUCAAACAACACGGCUACGAUGUGAAUAUUCACUGGAAAGAAGACGUGCCAGAGAGAUGGCAUUACAAGAAUAAUUCACGAAUUGGUAAAAUCGUCUUCGAGCCUAAAAUCGGAUCUGCCAUCUCGUUUUCCUGUACGAUGGAGCAGAUGGAAAAGCAGUAUGGUGAGAAUGGAACGACAAAAUUCAACUCAUCCACACAUGGACAAGAUCCAGAUCGGCCCGAAAUGAGAGCGUUUUUAAUGAUGAGAGGCCCAGAAUUUUCUGAAAAUUUUACGAUUGCUGAUAUUCCAUCAAACGUAGACUUGUACAAUUUGAUGUGUCAUGUACUCGGAAUCACUCCGACUGAAAACAAUGGAACAAUGGAAAUUGUCAAACGAGCGUUGAAAGAGAAUCGAUACAUGCCGAUGACGCAUGGAUUUGUGUUCAAUCAGAUAACUGAUUCCUGGAGCUUCUCUCUGAUUCUUAUUCCAUCAAUGUGCAUUGUUGUCGCAUUCUUUGCCUAUGGAUGUAAGAACACUGUGAUGAAAUCAGAUCCAAAUUGGGGGCGAUCAGACAACGUACAAGGAUAUCGACCGUUGAGUAACAGAAUAAAUGAAGGAUUCGAAUUGAAUGAUGAUGAGGAUGACGAUGAAGGAGAUGGAUUACGAGCUAAUCUUGAUUUGGAACGAGGAGCAAGGAGGCCUCAAGCCGGAGGAGGUGCUCUGGGAAGUCUUAACAAUGGAACAGUAGCAAUGUCAGGUCUUCUAGAUGAGAUGAGCGACGACGACAUUUGA